AUGGGAGGCUGCUUUUCAGACAACAAGAAAGAUAAGCCGCAUCACAACUCACUGCCAAGGAAAGAAGAAAAUAAAAAAGCGAUCGGCGACCAAAUCGGGAUAAAAAUCAAUAAUGACAGUAAGCUUUAUGCCAGACAUUCACAAGCAUUAUGAAAUUUUAGAACUACUAGGAACAGGACAUUUCGGAUCAGUUAAAAGAGCACUGAGAAAAGGCACAAAGGAUUCGCAAGAAUACGCCAUCAAGUGUAUUGAUAAGAACAAAAUGGGGGAGCAGGUCCAUCUUCUGCAAAGGGAACUUUCGUUAUUGAUGAUGGUAAAUCAUCCCAAUAUUGUCAAGCUGUAUGAAGUGUAUGAAGAUGAUAAGUAUAUUUACAUGGUCAUGGAGCACUGCGCAGGAGGCGAACUUUUUGAGCAGCUCACGGAACGACAAAGGUAUAAUGAAGCUGAAGCGUCAAAAAUCAUUUAUUGCAUCAUGAGUGCAGUUAGCCACUUGCAUAGUCUCCAAAUCUUCCAUAGAGACUUGAAACCUGAAAAUAUCAUGCUGAGUUCAAAAGACCCAGACGCUGAGAUAAAAAUUAUUGACUUUGGACUGGCCAAAAAAUUUGUCAGUGACGAAACUGGUCAAAAUACAGUGGUUGGCAGUGCUUAUUAUGUAGCUCCGGAAGUUCUCAAUAAUAGAUAUGGGCCAGGGUGUGACGAGUGGAGUAUUGGCGUCAUCAUGUAUAUGCUUCUACUUGGAAAAGCACCGUUUGAUGGAGACUCAGAUGCUUCAAUUUACAAACAAAUUGCACGUUGCAAUUAUUCGCAAGAGGGAGAAGACUGGGAUCGGCUUUCUGACGAGGCCAAAGAUCUACUUAAAAGACUUUUGGAACCCAAAGCCAACCUAAGAAUCACUUCCAAAGAAGCAUUAGGUCAUCCAUGGUUCGAGCUCAGAACCAAUCCUUCCACUAAGAAAGUUCAUAGAAAGGUCAUGCAAAGACUAAGACAAAGAGGCAAAGCUAAUCAGCUCAUAAGAGAAACCAUGCAUGUGCUGAUUCGGUACUUGAAAAACAAAGAAAUCGAUGAGCUAAAUGAAAUUUUCAGGCAGCUUGAUACCGAACACACUGGCCGAAUUACCGCAAAAGACCUGCAGGCAGGGCUGAGCCAAGUUGGAGUCAAUCUUAGUGACGAAGAUGUAGAAGGUAAAUUAUAUUUAGACCUUAUCAAAGGCUUAGACCAGACAGAAAAUGGGACACUCAACUAUUCAGACUUCCUGGCUGCUACUUUGGAUAAGAAAGUUCUCCAUAAUAAAGAUGCGCUAUGGCUAGCUUUCAAGAGUUUCGACAUUGAUGACGAAGGCGCUAUUACAAAGGAUAAGCUGAAAAUAGCUAUGGAGAGAGCUGGGUGGAAGCUGACUGAUGAAGACAUCGCAAAAAUGUUCAGCGAGAUAGGACUAAGCAUUAACGAGCCAAUCAAUUUCGAAGCCUUUUGCAUGAUUUUCGACAGUAAUUAUUAUUUAGAACCAAACGAAAUUGAAGACGCGUCUGUUCUUAUGGCCGCAAAUCCAAGAGUGGUUCCAGAAAACAGAGCUUAA